UUUCGCGGGGCCUGCUGGGUCUUGGUGUCGGGGACGCGCAGGGGUGCGCGCAGCCCUGAGGCGCGCUUCCUUGGUCGCGCGCGCCAGACUCCGAGGAAACCGAAGACGCACGAGGGAGGAACGCGUCGAACAUGAAGAGGCAGGGGCCCUCCUCGGAGCGGAAACGGGCGCGCAUACCGUCCGGGAAAGCCGGAACGACAAAUGGAUUUCUCAUGGAAGUGUGUGUUGAUUCAGUAGAGUCAGCUGUAAAUGCAGAACGAGGAGGUGCUGGCCGGAUUGAAUUAUGUUCUGGCUUAUUGGAAGGAGGAACCACACCCAGCAUGGGUGUCCUUCAAGUAGUGAAGCAAUGUGUCCAGAUUCCAGUUUUUGUGAUGAUUCGUCCACGUGGAGGUGACUUUUUAUAUUCAGAUCGUGAAGUUGAGGUGAUGAAGGCUGACAUUCGUCUUGCCAAGCUUUAUGGUGCUGAUGGUUUGGUAUUUGGAGCAUUGACUGAAGAUGGAAACAUUGACAAAGAGUUGUGCAUGUCCCUUGUGGCUAUAUGCCGUCCUCUACCAGUCACUUUCCACCGAGCCUUUGACAUGGUUCAUGAUCCAGUGGCAGCUCUAGAGACCCUCUUAACCUUGGGAUUUGAACGAGUAUUGACCAGUGGCUGUGACAGUUCAGCACUAGAAGGGCUACCCUUAAUAAAGCGACUCAUAGAUCAGGCAAAAGGGAGGAUUGUGGUAAUGCCAGGGGGUGGCAUAACAGACAGAAAUCUACAAAGGAUCCUUGAGGGUUCUGGUGCUACAGAAUUUCACUGUUCUGCUCGGUCUGCUAGAGAUUCAGGAAUGAAAUUUCGAAAUUUCUCUGUUGCCAUGGGAGCCUCUCUUUCUAGCUCAGAAUAUUCUCAAAAGGUAACAGAUGUGGCACAAGUAAGGACUUUGAAUGCUAUUGCAAAGAAUAUUCUGGUUUAGCCAGAGCUCUCUGAGAGACAUGGAUAUCACAAGAUGAAGGUAGAAGAGUAGUCUGUAAUUAUGACACAGCUUUAAACUUCUUCUCUGGCCAGGACAGUCACAGUUUAAGUCUCACAUGGCCAUGGAGAAUGUUUUCAAGAAGACAAAGAAUUCAAGCAGGAGCUACAAUCACUUCCUUUGCUUAAUCUUGCCAGCCAUCUCUGUUAUCAUGGUUAAAUAUGGUCUGUGCUUCUUCCACAGACAGAGGUUUAGUCUGUUUUGUGGAAUUAACUGAUGAACUCGGAAAACUGAACUGUAAGGUAUGAAUUUAGAGUGUGACUUCAGGGUCAAUUUAAUAACCAUAUUUUGCUUUUUCAUUUGUAAAAUAAAAAUUUCCAUUCUGUUA